AAGUUAUGGAACAAAUUACCUGAAGACCACAUUCUGGAAUUGAUGCUGAUCAUCAGCAAUGGGACUGGAAAAGACUGGAACACCAAACAUCAAUGCUACACUGACAUGACAACCUCGAGUAAAUGUUAUGUGCUGCCUCCCAUCGUUCUUUACAAUAUUCCAGAUGUGAGGGCCUACGUGGAGCUGGAUUCUGGUCCUAUGUUGGCGGGAAACAAUUACAGUCUUGUUUGUGACAUCGUCAACGUGGCCCCUGUGCACAAGUUGACCGUCAGGUGGCUCCGAGGCAACAAAAUUGUAAAAACUGUCAGCUUUAGUGACCGAUCAUCGGAUGACAUCAACAUGACCCUGCACAACAUCUCCGAUUCCUUCACCAUUUCGGCGAGCGGAGAUGAAAACGGCCAAAUUUACACCUGCCAAGCUGAGUUGAACCUGGAGCCAGGUGACGUCUUCCUGCUCAACUCUUCCAUGAACAUCACAGUUGAAUUACCCGGAAUCAGCUUGGUCCCUGAUAGCAGUCCGGUCCCCGAAAGCAGCCCUUCCCCUGAAAGCUUUCUGGUCACCGAAAGCAAUCCAGUCCCCAAAAGCAGCCCAGUCCCUGAAAGCAGCACGAUGCCCAAAAGAGGUCUGGUCCCCGAAAGCAGUCCGGUCCCUGAAAGCAAUCCAAUCCCCGAAAGCAGCCUGGUCCCUGAAAGCAGUCCGGUCCUCGAAAGCAGCCCUUCCCCUGAAAGCAGUCUGGUCCCCGAAAGCAGUCCAGUCCCCGAAAUCACUCUGACCACCGAAAGCAAUCCAGUCCCCAAAAGCAGCCCAGUCCCUGAAAGCACCACGAUGCCCAAAAGUGGUCUGGUCCCUGAAAGCAGUCCAGUCCCCGAAAUCACUCUGACCACCGAAAGCAAUCCAGUCCUUGUGGCAGUCAUUUCGGCGUGUGCACUCGUGUUGCUUGUGGUCCUCGCUGUGAUCUUUAUCUGCUUGAACAGGGGCAAGCGACAGGGACAGUACAGUUUGAAGAACUGGUCUGACAGCAUCCCCCUCGGAAACAGCCGUGUUGGGAACAGUUUGGUGACAUAGAUGAUACAUCCACUUCACUCUGUCAUGAAAUUGCCCUCUAUCGAAUGAGCCUAUCAAAGUGGGGAUACACUCCUCAGUGUUCUGAGGCUGGGGCAGGGGGGACGUGGCGGGCAUUGGGUAAGGGGAUUAGGGUCUGUUUUUCAUAAAACUAACAAAUUGUUCAGUCAUUGGAAAAAUAUGCGUAAAAUUUUUAAAAGGUGAAAAUAUAUGGUGAGUACCUCAAUAAAUAUGUCGGUGUAUUCUAUUUGUUGUCUCGCUUCAUUUUGGGACAUAAUGUCUUUUGAACUAGAAUAUUUGACCACUUUAGUGGAUGCAUUUUUGAAUAUGCAUUUCCAUUUCAUUCAACAAAAUCAUUCAUAAAUUCUUCUGAUUACACGAUGUCUGCGAUCAACUGAACGGGUUCAGAUUUGAGACUCAAAUUGAGAGUUAAUCAUGUUUAUUUUCCUUAUUUUUGGGGGGCUGGGGAGGCAUUUUUCUCAUGUAAAAUUUGUACCUUGGCUCAAUAAAGGUUGCUUCACUGUG